GAUCAGUCCUCCACUUCCUCUCCCCCCUACACAUUCCCCACGGCCAAUUCACACUCGGAUCUUGCGAACAAUCUACACCCACAGCCACGAACUCUUCCGCUCACCAAUUCACAACGUUAACAUAAGCAGCUGCAACAUGUCUUCAGAUCGUAACUCGCCACCACUUCCAUCCCCAGGUGCAGCGGAGCGCCGACGAGCUUCAAUCACAGGCCAGACCUUCCACGACCUCUUCGGUCGCCAGAGGAGCCUCGGAGGACAACAGGACCCGACUCAGCCGUACCCCGGGCCCAUCACCACAGCUGCCGUCAACGCUCAGCGACGCCGCCUGUCUCUCACCACCGUCGGCCUCUCCCCUCCAAUGAACCAAUCCACACCCUUCUCAGCUCCACGGCCGAGGGCGGAGAGCCUGUCUAGCGUCAAUUCAGGCUCCGUCGACGAGAGUCCCUUUGAAGACGAUAACGCCCCGCCUUCAGGGGGUGCGAGCAGUGUGCCGACGACACCCUUUGCUCGGCGGCUGAGCUUCGGAGCACGCGCAAUGCGGGAUGUUAGGCAGGGCAAUGGGAGCCAGGGCAACACUAAUGGUAGACCCUCCCUUCAUCAGAAAGCCUCCUCUCCCCCGACUGCAAGAGGUCGAGGUCUGUCUUCAUCCUUGUCCCCUUCACGCUCUUCCUCUGUUCCAGCGGCCUCUGGCUCACUCGUCCCCCCUGCAGACGCCACAUCUCCUUCUUCUCCUCCUUCUCUUUCUCCGUCUACUUCCUCUCCUUCCUUGCCGCAGAUCUUGGCCGAGCACUUCAAACGUCAUCCUGAUCAGGUCCUGGGUGAACGAGAGCUGACGUCCCUUCUCUCCCCUCCAGGCGAAGGCUACAACUUUGCCGAGAAUCUUCGCAACCGCGCCGAGCGCGCCUCCAUGUCCGGUGCCCACCCGAUCCACCCUCCUCAGAUGCAUCAUCGCGCCAAGAGCGUCACCAUCAUGGAGCCGCCUCACGAGAUGCCCAAGCAACCCAGAGUACCUGAUCCCAUGCAGGAGCGUAUCCUGAAGGGCGACUUCUACAUGGAUUGAGGAGGCGCCGUUUGGUAGGGUUCUGUACGAACAGCGGAGAGUGGUGCCGUUGGAACUUGGACAUCUUCUCGGACUUUACGUCCAUGUGUUACUCACUUUCGACUCUUGGGCGUCCGGAAGGAUGGUGCUGGGGUCAAACACCUCGAUUUCACUGCGCGAGUUCACCAGAAGACUUGCCACAAGUCCAUCGGAGCAGUCACAUGGGCUCUACUG